AUGGUAAACUCUAUAAAGGCAGUUAUAAAGGGUCAAUUCAAUAAGGCAUUGACGACAAAGGUGUUUGUAAACAUGACUGUUGAUACACCUGUUGAAUGUACAAUCAAUGGUGUUGUCAAUGAGACUGACAUCCAAUGUACCGUCACACAAUCCGAUGUGGCCACCGGCGUAUACCCCAUCCAAGUGUCCAACACCAACUCUUCAGUAUCCAAUACCUUGGCCCAAUUCACAAGAUUAUACCCAAUUAUAACAAAGGUUGAAGAUAAUGAAGAGGGAGUCACAGUGAUCAAUGGAACAUUUGGUGAUCAGACUACUCAUUCUGUAUCAGUUUGUGAUAAGACAUGUAAUGUAUUGAAUAUUACUUCAAGUUUCAUCAGAUGUAACAUUUCAGAAUUCGUUCCAAAUGGUACAUGUACUGUACGUCUCAACAUUGAUGGUUACAACACUGUUGCCACAUACAAUCAUACCAAUCCACCACCUCCAACUACCUCAACUUCCACCUCAACAACUUCCACUUCCACGUCGACUACUUCGACCUCGACCUCGACCUCGACCUCCACAACCUCCACAACUUCCACUACCAGCUCGACCACAGAAGAAGCAACCACAUCCACGACAUCGACAACCUCUGGCACUACAUCUACUACUGAUAUAAGUACUACCUCUACUACUUCUUCUACUACAACACCAACUACAACUCAAUCAGCAACAACUGAUGUAUCUACAUCAGAGAAUAGUUCGAUUGAUCAAAUCAAUAAUGGAGUUGAACAUACUGAUUCAUCAUUAUACAAACCAUUCAUCAUAUGGCCAUUGGUUGGAUGUGGAGUAUUCAUCAUAUGUGCUGUCCUAGUGAUCGUUGCCCUUAGACGCUACAAGAAGAUACAAAGACAAAAGUUCUUCUUCAAGUAA